UAGGACUUUCAUUUGCGUCGCUAAUCUUCACGUUUCCAACUCAGCAAAAACGUCGGAUAGGGUCUGGCGAGCAGAUGGCUAGGCUGGUCGUAGGGGCUGAGUGAGCCUCCGCAGCUGACUCAGGCAGAGGAAAGAUUGCUGCGAGAAUGUUUGGCGGCCGAGGCUUGUCGCUGGCAGUUCCCAAGUCUGUGAAAAAUGGCGACGUCUUUCACCUAACCGCUUAAAGUUAACUAGAAACAUGGCUGACGCAACAAGAGGUCCCGUAGUUGGCCGGCCAUUGGCGUUCACCAACGAAGAACAGAGGGCAGUCCACUCCUGGUCCCGGAUCGCAACAGCAGGGCACAGUGUCCUCCUGGAUGCACUGAAGAUCCUCAGCCCGAUGUCCCAUGACCUCUCAAGCAGUGAGGAGCUGGUCACCUUCCUGCAGGACCUGAGUGAAGAGGGCCACAAGCCCGUUGUGCUGCGCAGCAAAGAUGUGUAUGGCUACCGCUCAUGCACAACCCAACCCCUGACUGAAGACAUGCUGAAACCUCCCAACAGGACACUGAGACCAACUGCCAAGAGGAGAGGAAAGAGGCCCCUGGCCAAAAAGAGAGAGGUGCACCCAUCUUGGAACACCUCUGAGAGGAGCAGUCCAAGAAUUCAAGGGGUCCGCCCUCCAGAGCUGCUGGUGGACCACCAUGCUAUCAUCUGCAGCAGGACACCCAGUCAGACUGUUGAAAUGUCACAGGUGCUGCAGUUGCAGCCGUGCCUCAGAUUGACCAAUAUUAAAGGCCUGUCUGGCUUCCACACAGCCAGACUUCAGAUUCAUACUUCCUGGGACUCGUCCUCGGACACACCCUCUGUUGCCUUUUCGCAGCAACAGCACCCUCCAACGCUUUCAGGAAUACCUUUGCAGCCUUCUCAUAAUGGUGGUGGGGCGCCCACCAAAGCUGUGGCCUUGUUCAGCCAGAAGAACGUAUCCUGUCCACUCCGAUUGGACGGCGCCCUCAUUGGAGAUUCUGCUCCGAUUUUUUAUGUUAAUGGAAGGGCAUUCCCAGAGACUCACACAGAGCUGACCAGCAAAGGCUGGAGGAGCAAUGGCCUCCAUCGGGAUGGUCGGGGCCCCAAGGAACUGAACAACCCAACCCGGCAGAGAAAUGGCUGGAAGGACAAAAACAGUUUUAGGUGGAAAGUGAUUAAGGUGGAUGACUCACGCUCAGUUGCUGAGGCCCGCAGGAAGGCACAGAAAAUCCUACAGGUCAACUUGUCUCCAGUGAUUCAGAUCCAACCUCUCAACCAUGUGCUGAGGGACUUCAGAUAUCAGAAUAAGUGACCGUUUCCCCCAGACUUAUACACAUUGUUUAGCAAAUGUUAGCGUUUUACAUCCAUUCGUCUCUACCUGACUGAGCCCCAGCAUUCAUAGCAGACCUCUUACAUAGGUUUUUGUGAUGUCUGUUGAGUGCUGGAAGUAGAGAAGGUACAGUCUUUCUGUGGAAGCUCUGGUUCCUGAAAGAGGCAUUUGAAUUAAGGUGAUGCUUUUCCCAGCAGGCUGGGAGAUUAUUAUCAGCCAAAUGCUGGUCCAUUUUCAGUGUCUACAUUGGUUUACAAAACUCAAUACUUAACCUAGUCAUCAUUCUGCUUUGAACUGACUGGCUGCUAGCUGAUGUAACUGAUGAGUUUUGGGACUUUGGUGCACAGAUGAACUGGUGGAUGAACAGGGUAGGUUUCCAAAGUCUUCAGACAAGGAAAUUUGAUGGUUGGUUGCAGCAAAACAAAUAAACUAAAGGAGGGAAAAGAAUAAAAAAUUUGUCUUCCUUUUUUGUAUAUUUGUUGUUUACUCUGGAAAUCAGAAAGGCAUUGGGAGCAAGUACAGUGGGGAUUAAUUUGACACUUGGGUGAUUUGUUUGAAGUACAGUUGUUCACAAUGUGUUCCUUUGGUUUAAUUUAUCAAAAUGGGGAGAAAAAAAAACUAUUUUUGACAGUUGAGAUGAUUUGAUGCCUCACUUGACAAAACAUGAUUCAGUGGAAAUAGUCCUAGAAAGGGAGAAUACAGUAGAGGACUGGGGAAUUUGACAACAUUUUGACUCCUGACAUUUAAAACUUUUACUUGUGGCACAACACUAAGAAUUCAGAUAUGACUUUCUCAUAUUCUCUCAUUAUUGAACAUGAUAUCCAGAUCUUCUUUUAGUCCAGUAUUGGCAUCCUUCAAAUUUCUUCCAUUAUAGGAAGUUUAAGAUGUUUUACACCAGAUACCCAAAAACACCAAGAUGUGCAGUCAUGAGGGAAAAUGACCAUCAGGUGUUGGUCAAUGCUUUUCAAGAUUUACUUUUGUCCAAUACAUUUAUGUACGACACACGCAACAGUCAGUUAUUGUUCUGAAGUUAAAACAUUUGGUUUUUGUGGUUGCAUUUCUUCACUUGAGUUACUUUGUUUCAUAACAUGUUAAAUUUGAAGCAUUAUAGAGAUUUCCCUCCCAUUUGCAUGUUAGAUUUUUGUUUCUGGAAUUCCCCAGCUGUGCUCAAACUGCUCAAAAAAUGCACUUUGAAAGUGGCAGCGCAUCACUGUCGCUUGUUCCUCCACACAAGAUGUUUGUAAUUAUUUCUUGUGACAUAUAGAAAACAUUUCAAAUGAUCGCUAACCUUUUUUAAACUUUAUUCAAAACCACACUGGUUUUGCUAGAGGUGAAAAUUGUAUAAUAUUGGUGCUGAAUUAAAUGACUGGCACAAGAAUGUUCUUCUUGUUCAGGCCGGAGCAUUUAAGAGUGACUUCCUGUGACUUAUUCUGUGAGGGAUUGUAAGGACUGCUGCCCCUGCAGGUUGGGAUGCACACGCCAAACCGCCUUGUGUGCUUUCCAAAAGGUUUCAUUUGUGAGGAACCGCCAGAAUCAUAUUUGUUUGUUUCAUGUUAUCAUUUGUGAGGAAACCCCAGUGUAUUCCCCAAAAAAAAGUUAGAGAUGUUCGGGCAAUAUGGCAUUCCACAAGACAAAUGUAAUGUGUAAUUGAGCGAUAAACACAGCCCUUAAAAAGAAAAUUUUAACUCACUGUCCAAUUACUGGCUUUUCCAAUUACCAUCUAGAUUUUACUGAUCUCAAGACCAUUAACUGUGGAUUAAAGUUGCGUUAAAAAAAACAGUGAGCAUGCCUUUGAUUUUUUUUUUAUUUAUAUAUGUUAACCUACAUUUUUUUCUGUCUUCCAAAAGACAGAAACUGACUACUUAAACCACCAUGUUUUGAAGUCCAGGUAAAACAGGACUUAACCACUGUUAGAUCAGUACAUAAAGACGUUUGUUUCAGAAGCCGUGAAAAACAUGGAACAAAAAUCUGUUUCAUGUUUAAAUGAUAUGGAAGCUCUUACAGGUUACUCAGUAGGAGGAACUAAUCAGAUUUAAAGUGGAAAUAUCUGACUUGAUAUCCAUGCAGUAUGAAUUAGCAAAGCUGUUCCUCUGUUUAAACUGAGACCACCUCAGUGUUUGUUCGUCAUCCCCACGUAUUUCCACGUUUCUGUUCUGGAAGAGCCACUUGCUUUUCCUCAUGCCCUUCUUUGAUCUGUCUGUAUACAAUCAUGUUCACUACCAACAGUUCCCUUUUGUAGGUCUUCUUUCUGUUAGCCUUGUUUGUGCAACACUUGUAUAAUAUUGUAUUUCCUACAUAACAUUUGAAAAGUUUUGUUCAAUAAAACGUAUCUGAAAA